AUGGCAUUUUUCCUGAGAACUCUCCUCCCUCCUAAGUUUCCAUUUAAUCCAAUCACUCGCCAUGUUCGCACCCUCGCGACUUCUCGUCGGGGGAGGGUGAAAAGGGCCCUACAGGUCCAAGGACCUGAACUGCCGAGCCAGGAAUCUUAUCAGUUUGGUGACGAUCUCAGUAUGCUGGAGGACAAUUUGUAUGUUCGCUACCAGGAAACCUUCGGCGAGCUUCAUCUUAAGUUCAUGGGAGUUAUCCACGGGGCACGGAUCCGCUUGGAGGAGGAUCUCCAGGCAGCUCACGACCGCUUGGAGACCGAUAUUCGCGAGCUACACCAUAUCUACCUCAAACACUCUGACUUGACAAAGUUUGAUUCUGGCAAGAAACAUGAACAAACCCUCAUUGUUGGAGUAGGAUCCCCUCACGUGUGCUGAAAACCCCGCUUACGUGCUUCUAGGAUGUUGCAGCGGACGCAAAUCAUAUGUUGAAGUUGGCCGGGAAAUGCCACGUCCGUGGGGCAAUAGGUAUACUACGAUAAUCUGGACCUCUGGGGUUCCACUAAAAUUUUGGCGCAGAACGCAUUGUCUACCAGGGCAAACUUCUGGGCAAGAUAUCUUAUGCUUCGAACAUCCAGGAUGGACUGAACUCGUUGGCCUUGUGUGAUGAAUUCGCCAUAGCUCUGGGCGAGGAAGUAAAAGCACGGGGACUUAAACCCCGAGUCGUCCGCCGCUGUGUUGCGGGCCUUUAUAACCUUGUAUGCACCCGCACGCAUACUAAUGAGAGUACCAUUAUUGUCAGAGCUGGUCAAUAUUUCCCAAAUGAUGUCGCUGCCUUGGUCACCUUCCUGAAGGUACAGAGCACGUGGCCGUAUGCGCUGAGUUGGACGGAGGACAAAUCUUCGGAAGAUAGAUAUGGGGGAGAUAGCUCUGGGGAAGGUGAAUCUGGGGAGCAGGACGAAUCUGGGGAAGAUGAAUCUGGGGAGCAGGACGAAUCUGGGGAGGAGGAUUAA